AUGCCCACCAGCAUGCACGUCCGGAAAGGCUACAAGCUAGCUAGAAUGCUCACAAUGCAGCAUGCAGCAGCACAAGAUGAAGAUGAAGAAGGUGCUGAAGCAGGCAGCAAAGCGGCAGCAGCUGCUGCAGCCGCUGCUGCUGCUGCUGCCGGGAUGAAUCUACUGAAAGGUAAAGCCUCGGGAGGAAGAGAGAGGGUGGUGGCGGAGGUCGAUGGAAGGCUGCGAGCGAUCUGCUUCGGCAUUGCCGCCAGGCCCACCAACGGUCCCUGCUCCCUUGACCCUCCCCUCCCCAUUGCUGCUGCUGGACCCCGCGAGCCCCCUUCCCAUCCCACUCGGCUCGGCUCGGCUCGGCUCGGCUCGGGUGACCCGCCGAGCGGCCGGCCGCCCCCGAAGUCCGGAGCUGGCCUGGCCUGGCCUCGACUGAAGUCCAGGCAAAGAUCUAGGCACGUGGACGGGGGACGACGGACAGGGAGGAGAGGAGACCGGGGCUCUAAGCACCUCGAGCCAGCCCCGUCUCUCUCUCGGUGGGCGUGA